AUGGUCAACUUUGCGAAAAUCGCUCUUCGAACUUAUGAAAUGCAAGAGAAGCUUAUCGAAGCAAGGAGAACUAACGAACAGCUGAAGACUGCUGAAUACACUGCCGUGCCUGAGCCGCCGAAGUCAUCACUUCACGUUAUACCAGAAGCCGCAGAAGAAGAGACGGUCAGUGGUGGCACCCUGAAUUCGAGUGAGAGUCUUCACUCCACACCUCCAGCACAACCUCCACCCGCAAGUGAACAAGAUGUCAUUUUGGCUCGCACAAAUGCUGUUAAGAAUUACGUGACUCAACAGUCAGAAGCUGUGGCAAGGAAAUCUGCUGAGUCUGACGACAAUGAUUCCGGUGAGAUGACUCGAGAUGAAGACGAGCGUGAAUCAGUUUGUAAUCGAGAAUCACAACAACACCAAGGAGAAGAUAUCGAGGUGAAAUCAACAAGUGUUUGUUUGUUUCCACUUGAUGUUGCCAGCUCAUUGAAGCUAAGUGAACGAUGUCAGGUCACUAGUAAUGCUGAUGAAGAGUGUGCCCCAACUGCAGCAGAUAACGACAUGAAUGAAACCGUGGAAGAGCAUGAUGUUGUCAUGCAAAACCAGGAGGUGGGACCAGGAGACUUCUCAGACGACGAUUCUGCCAUGGAUUCGGGUGCUGCAGACGUUGAUCAAAAUGUUACUAUGGAGGAAGGGGAGGAAGAGGUAAUGGAAGAGGCAGCUACAGACAAGGGACGUGUCCAUUCACCAACGACGGAAGGAUUUUCGCAACUUCAAAAAUCCUGGUGGAAGCCAAAAAAGCGUGUCUUUUUCGCAGCAGUCUCAGAAAAAUUCCGUAGAUCCAUCUCCUCAAAGCCCCUCGAUCUCCAAUUCAAGAAGAAAUGCCCUUCAACUUCAAUUGUAACAGUGAUAAUGACGAUUUUGAUCCAACAGCUGCACUUAAUAUCAGCACGCACAGCAAUGAAAGCAUGGAAAUUCGUGUACAUUAUAGAUCCCGGCGCUGAUUUCCUCUCUCUGAUGGAAUCAGCCAAUGAAAAACGAGAGAAACAGCGUAAAAGUUCGAAUUCUCCAGCUGGAGAUUUCUCCUUCUCGAUGUUUGGUUUGGGUAACGAUGCUGGAGCUGAUGGAGCCUCCUAUCAUGUGGAUUCAUUCAAUUAUCUUGCCGAAGAGGGAGUUCAUCUUGCUGCACAAUCCGUCCCCGCGGAGAAAUUUCGCCUUCCUUCCGGCGAAGCUGUUGAAUUCAAAUAUACUGGCGCUUCGUUAGCCAUGCCUACAGUAGAAAGUGUACCAUCAAAGUAUGCCGCCGUUGACCAGCUCCGGAUACUUCCUUCAGAAUGUCGACAAAGAGGAUUGACAUAUGCUGGGAAUUUACGAGUUGGCCUGGAGAUUAAAGUCAAUGGUCAAAGAAUAGACGUAUUGGAAACAGUGAUUGGGAGAGUUCCAGUGAUGCUCAGAUCAACAGUAUGUCAUUUGAGCAAAAUGAACAGAAAGGAAUUGUUGAAAGCUGGAGAAGAAGGAACAGAAAAAGGCGGAUAUUUUAUUUGCAAAGGGAGCGAAAAGGUGAUUCGUUUGCUGAUUGCGAAUCGGCGUAAUUUCCCCAUAGCACUGUGCAGGAAAACUUUCCGUGAAAAGGGCCUGCUAUUCACUGAGUAUGGAGUCAUGAUGCGAUGUGUCAAAGACAAUCACACUGCCGUGAUGAUGACAAUGCACUACCUUGAAUCAGGAACUGUACAGGUCGCUUUGCAAUAUCGUCGAGAAAUAUUCUACUUACCAUUCAUUUAUAUCUUGAAAGCCUUGGUGAAUAAAAAUGAUGCUCUGAUUGCUGCUGAACUGAAACGCGGAAGAAAGGACGACGCGUUCUUCACAUCGUGUGUCUUGAAUAUGCUUUCGCAGUGUCAGGAGGAAGGCGUCAUGCACCAAGAAGAUUCUUUGCGAGCACUCGGAGCGCGCUUUAGAGUUGCAGUUGCCGAUCGCAUCGCCCCAUGGGAAGAUAGUGAAGCAGCCGGUCGUUUCAUCAUUGACUCUUGUGUAGCAGUUCAUCUGGAUGACUGGGAAGACAAAUUCUAUCUGCUUGUUUAUAUGGCACAAAAGCUCUUCGCUCUGAUAAAGGGAGAAUGUGCUCCAGAAACGCCGGACAAUCCCCAGUUCCAGGAAGCUGCCGUUUCUGGUCACAUAAUUCUGCUCAUCAUUCGAGAGCGAAUGGAAAAUGUUCUUGGCAUAGUUCGUCGCAAGUUAGAAUAUACGGCAAAGCGCAAGAAAGAUAGUUUUGCUUUGACAUCGAAUGAGGUUCUCCGAGCUCUCGGGACUAGCAAUCCAGAAAUAACAAGAGGUCUUGAGUAUUUCCUCGCCACCGGGAACCUGAUAACUAAAAUUGGAUUAUCUCUUCAGCAGGAAACGGGAUUUUCUGUAAUAGCCGAAAGAAUCAAUCAACUCCGUUUUGUUUCUCAUUUCAGAGCUAUUCACAGAGGAGCGUUCUUCACAGAAAUGCGAACCACUGAUGUGCGGAAGCUGCGUCCAGAAGCGUGGGGCUUCAUUUGUCCUGUCCAUACUCCGGAUGGUUCUCCUUGUGGUCUUUUGAAUCACGUAACUGCUUCAUGUCGAAUUGUUACUCAUUAUUCUGACACGAGAGAACUGCCAGCCUUCAUGGCUGAUCUAGGAAUGAUUUCAUGUAAAUCGAUCGCUUUCGCUUCCGAUAAUGAGAAGCAUUAUCCUGUUCUUCUUGAUGGUCGUUUCCUUGGCUAUAUCCCUGUGAAAAAAGCAGCGGCUAUAGAACGACAGCUGCGCUGCGUCAAGACAAAUCUCAAGGAUUCCAGGGUGCCGUGUGUAGCAGAGAUAGCUCUGGUUCAUCGCUCAACAGACAUGAAGAAUAUCCAGACGCAAUAUCCAGGGUUGUACAUUCUUUCUGAUCCUGCUCGUUUGAUCCGCCCUGUACGGAAUCUCAUUACUGAUUCGGUGGAAUUUAUUGGAACAUUUGAGCAAGUCUAUUUGUCGAUAGUCAUUGAUCCUUCGGAAGCAGAACCUGGGGUUACUAUUCAUCAGGAACUACAUCCAAGCUGUUUGUUCUCGUUUGCUGGAAACCUCAUUCCUUUCCCUGACCAUAAUCAAUCGCCCCGGAAUGUGUACCAAUGUCAAAUGGGGAAACAAACAAUGGGAACCGCAGUACACGCAUGGCACACGAGAGCAGAUAACAAAAUGUACCGGCUUCAGUUUCCUCAAAGUCCGCUGCUCAAAUUGGAAGCUUAUGAACGAUAUGAAAUGGAUGAAUAUCCGCUAGGAACUAACGCCUGUGUCGCUGUUAUUUCAUACACUGGUUAUGACAUGGAAGACGCCAUGGUUAUUAACAAGUCAUCUUUCCAACGCGGUUUCGCUCAUGGAACAGUGAUCAAAGUUGAAAGGAUCAAUCUGGUCACUCCUAGCGAGAAGAAAACAUUGUUCCGAAUGGAUCCGAAACAUCCAUACGAUACGGUCGGUUGUGACGGUCUUCCCAUCCCAGGAAGGCGAUAUUUUGAAGAUGAAGUAUACUAUGUCACCUACAAUCAAGAUACCGGGUUACAUCAAGCGUACAAAUUUCAUCAUGCUGAGCCUGCUUACUGUGGUAUUGUACGCCUUGUCCAUCAGGAUAAUGUUGAAGAAGGCGCAAGGCAUGCAUUAAUUCAAUGGCGCAUCGAGAGGAAUCCGAUUAUUGGCGAUAAAUUCGCCUCUAGACAUGGUCAGAAAGGAAUCAACUCAUUUCUGUGGCCAGUGGAGAAUCUCCCAUUCAGUGAAAGUGGAAUGGUUCCUGAUAUUAUAUUCAAUCCUCACGGUUUCCCCAGUCGUAUGACUAUCGGUAUGAUGAUUGAGAGUAUGGCAGGGAAGGCAGCUGCCAUGCACGGUGAUGUUUAUGAUGCUUCUCCGUUUGUUUUCAAUGAAAAACGAACAGCAAUUGACCACUUCGGCGAACUGUUGGCAAAAGCUGGGUAUAAUUAUCAUGGGAACGAAACAUUCUAUUCUGGAGUGGAUGGAAGGCAACUUGAGGUGCAAAUAUUUUUCGGAAUCGUUUAUUACCAGCGACUUCGACACAUGAUCGCUGAUAAAUUCCAGGUUCGUGUGAUCAAUCUGGUCACUCCUAGCGAGAAGAAAACAUUGUUCCGAAUGGAUCCGAAACAUCCAUACGAUACGGUCGGUUGUGACGGUCUUCCCAUCCCAGGAAGGCGAUAUUUUGAAGUUUCAGAUGAAGUAUACUAUGUCACCUACAAUCAAGAUACCGGGUUACAUCAAGCGUACAAAUUUCAUCAUGCUGAGCCUGCUUACUGUGGUAUUGUACGCCUUGUCCAUCAGGAUAAUGUUGAAGAAGGCGCAAGGCAUGCAUUAAUUCAAUGGCGCAUCGAGAGGAAUCCGAUUAUUGGCGAUAAAUUCGCCUCUAGACAUGGUCAGAAAGGAAUCAACUCAUUUCUGUGGCCAGUGGAGAAUCUCCCAUUCAGUGAAAGUGGAAUGGUUCCUGAUAUUAUAUUCAAUCCUCACGGUUUCCCCAGUCGUAUGACUAUCGGUAUGAUGAUUGAGAGCAUGGCAGGCAAGGCUGCGGCCAUGCACGGUGAUGUGUAUGAUGCUUCUCCGUUUGUUUUCAAUGAAAAACGAACAGCAAUUGACCACUUCGGCGAACUGUUGGCAAAAGCUGGGUAUAAUUAUCAUGGGAACGAAACAUUCUAUUCUGGAGUGGAUGGAAGGCAACUUGAGGUGCAAAUAUUUUUCGGAAUCGUUUAUUACCAGCGACUUCGACACAUGAUUGCUGAUAAAUUCCAGGUUCGUAUGACAUGA